GGAGGCGGCCUGUUUAAAAACGGCCCUGGAGAGGACGCUCUGGCAAUAGGGCCUCCUGCAUGGUUAGUGAAACACUGGGUCCCCUGUAAUGGAGUCCAUGGACACUGAGUCAAAGAAUAGCUACAUAGGAAGCUUUCUUCAGCCUCCGGAUAAAAUGUACUCUGCGUUUGCUGACUUCUGGUCAAAGAAGGCAACAGUUACCCCAACAGACACUCCUGCACCAAACAAUCAAGCUCUAGUGGCAGCCCUGAAAACUCUUCAACAAAAGAUCCAUCGUCUUGAGCUGGAGAGGUCACAGGCUGAGGAUGACCUGAACUGCCUGUCCAGAGAAGCUGCCCAGUAUAAAAGGGCUUUGCAGCAUGAAUCAAAUGAGAAGGAUAUAACUCAUCAGGAACUUGUGCAAGAAAGAAAAGAUGUGAGCAUGCAGUUACAGACAGCACAGUCACGCUGCUCCUUGCUGGAAAAACAACUAGAUUACAUGAGAAAAAUGGUGGUCAGUGCAGAGUUGGAAAAGAAACUGGUUCUAGAACAGCAGACCCAACUUCAGAAGGAAAAAGACCAGAAUCAGGUGGAGCUCUGUGCAAAACUUGAUAAGCUUGAAAUUCUAGAAAAUCAAUGUUGGAAACUUACUAGCACUCAGAAAGCUGCAGUAGAAAAGAUCAAACACCUGGAGCAGAAGCUUCAGGAAGAACAACAUCAGCGUAAGCUAAUACAAGAUAAAGCUGCACAGCUCCAAACAGGACUUGAGAUGAAUAGAAUUCUCUUAUCCUCAUUAUCACCUCAAAAGGAAGCGAAGAAGAAAAGCAGGAAGAAGAAAGUUGUAAAGAAAAAUUCUGGUUCGAGAAAAGCAUCUGACUCACAUUCAUGCCUACAGGCAGGAAAGUUGCCUUUUGUUGCUGGGAAGUCUGCCAGCUCAAGUCACUCUGUUGCUGCAAAUGUUCAAAGUGUCUUGCACCUGAUGAAAUAUCGUAGUCCAUGUGUAACUUCACAACAUCCUGAAAAAGUUGAAAGAGGAACUUCAAGAUGGAUUGGAAUAUGCAGUUCUGGAUCUUGCUCCACAUCUUCCUCUGCUACUGAAAAUCUUUCUGAUCUUCUCUUGGUCCUACAGGAUGAGCUGGGACAAAUGGACUUUGAGCAUCAAGAAUUGCUGAAGCAGAUACAAGAAACUCAAAAUCAUGACAUUCAGGAAGACUUGGAACGUGAACUGGAUUGUCUUGUGAAGCGGAUGGAGAUGAAAGGAGAUCAGAUUUCCAAAUUGAGAAAACACCAGGAACAUGUUUAUAAACUGAGACAAAGGGCUCAAAAACUGAAAAGAAAAACCGCUAAUGCUGCAUCAAGGCCUGAUGAAUCAAAAGAAACUAAAGAGACUACAGUCCCUCUGAGAGGGAGUGUGCAUAGUACCUGUUCUAUGAAUAAGAGCGCAAGUUCUCUUCAGUUAUUAAAAAGUGCUCAGAAGCUUCAGUCGGUAUUGAAGAAAGAUGAUAUUGUGUGGGAACCAUAGUUCCCAAAAUUGGUUUCGUAGAUAAUGGUACAUUGAGAAUCUAUAAGCUUGGCUUGACCAGAUCUUUGGUGCCCACUACUUGACUCAUUGGUGCACCCAUUAAUUCUGAGAGUUAGGCUUGGGAUAAACAACUUCCUUGUUUCUAUAUUGACUUUUAAAAAUAUAAUUGUGAUGGUUUUAAUCAAGUGUGUACAUUAUUUUUAAUUAAAUAACCUAUCUAUACA